UUUUUAUUGCAUCGAAUGAGUGCUUCUUGCUUGAGUUUAGAUACCCGAUGUAUUUGUAUUUGCUUCAGGAUUAGCCACGAAUCCUGGCUGCGCGAUUAUAGAAUGUCCAAAUCCUGCACUGUUGAGUUUGAUGGUGCUUGCAAAGGAAAUCCUGGGAAAGGAGGCGCUGGAGCUGUGAUACGCAAUUCUAGUGGAGAUGUGGUUGCUCGCGUGCACGAGUCUCUGAGUUAUACUACUAAUAAUCGUGCUGAGUAUGAGGGCUUGAGUCUAGGAGUUAGUAAAGCUAUUGAAAUGGGCUACAAUGAUAUUCGUGCAAUUGGUGAUUCAAAGCUUGUCUGUAAGCAGGUUGAUGGAAGUUGGAAAGUCAGAAGCGAAAAUUUGUAUGAACCUUACAAAAGGGUUGCUGAACAGAUCAGUGGGUUGAACAGAUUUGAGAUCAGCCAUGUUCCAAGGGAAUACAAUACUGAAGCUGAUGCAGAAGCGAACAGGGCCUGUGACAUGUGAGGCGGCAUAGCAUUCAAGGAGUACUUGCAGAGCAACAAUGGCUUCAGUCACUUAUUAAUACCAAGUCCUUAUUAGUGUCACCAUGCUUUGUGUCCGUAUAUAUAUGAUUAUAUGUUUAUAUAUUUAUAUGUUAUAGAAACAUAGUAACUAAAGCUGCUUUCUGCGAGUAUUCUUCCUAUAUUCGCAAUAUUAAGUAAUUUGGAUGACUGGACGGUCACUAUGGCUUAUCAUAAUAUUAUGUUUCCUUUGGACAGCCUA